AUGACAGAGCUGGUUUUGAACAUUUCUUCUUCUUUCCGUGUGGUUUUUAGGAAGGCGAUCUCCCGCUCAGGCCUCCAGCACCUCGGUCCUCCGCAGCUCUCCCUGCCUCCUGCAUCCAACGGCCCCAACAAGGAGCUCCGCACCUGCAUGGACUGGACGGAGAACGCCGUGAACGGAGAUCACCUGUGGAUGGAGACGAGCUGUUCAGGAGAGCUCUGUUAUCUCGGAGAGGACACCUGCUUACUGAAGACCGCAAAGUCGGCCCCCAGGAGGAAAUGUGCAGCCUGUAAGAUCGUUGUUCACACUGGCUGCAUAGAGCAACUAGAAAAGAUUAACUUCCGCUGUAAACCGACGUUCAGAGAGGGAGGAUCUCGAUGCCUCAGAGAUCAAAACAUACUGAGACAUCACUGGGUUCACAGACGGAGACAAGAGGGCAAAUGUAGACAAUGUGGAAAGAGUUUUCAACAGAAGUUCUUCCACAGUAAAGAAAUCAUUGCCAUCAGUUGUUCUUGGUGUAAACUGGCUUUCCACAACAAGGUGACGUGUUUCAUGCUGCAUCAGAUCGAGGAGCCGUGUUCACUGGGGGCCCACGCUGGAGUCAUAGUGCCCCCCUCCUGGAUCAUCAAAGUCAGGAAACCACAGAGCUCACUGAAGAACUCUGCAAGGAGAAAAAAGCGGACAUCUUUUAAACGAAGGACAAGCAAGAAGGGACUGGACGAUUCUAAAUGGCGUCCGUUCAUGUUGAAGCCACUUCCUUCUCCUCUCAUGAAGCCCAUCUUGGUCUUUGUCAACCCGAAGAGCGGCGGAAACCAGGGCGCCAAGGUGUUACAGAUGUUCAUGUGGAUCUUGAACCCUCGACAGGUGUUUGACCUGUCGCAGGGCGGCCUGCGAGAGGCGUUGGAGUUGUAUCGGAAAGUGCCAAACCUGAGGAUCCUUGCCUGUGGAGGAGACGGGACGGUUGGGUGGAUCCUGUCAACUCUCGAUGAGCUGCAGAUGAACCCCCAGCCUCCGGUCGCUGUUCUUCCUCUGGGAACAGGAAAUGACCUCGCCAGGACGCUCAACUGGGGCGGGGGUUACACAGAUGAGCCGGUGUCCAAAGUUCUGUGUCAUGUGGAGGACGGUUCUGUUGUGCAGCUCGACAGGUGGAACCUGCUGGUGGAGAAAAGUGCUGCUCUGCCGGAGGAGGGAACACAGAAGCUGCCUCUCAACGUGUUCAACAACUACUUCAGCCUGGGCUUCGACGCUCACGUCACCCUGGAGUUCCACGAGUCAAGAGAGGCCAACCCAGAAAAGUUUAACAGUCGCUUCCGCAACAAGAUGUUCUAUGCAGGAGCUGCGUUCUCAGAUUUCAUCCAGAGAAGCUCCAGGGAUUUGUCCAAGCACGUCAGAGUGGUGUGUGAUGGAACAGAUCUAACCGCCAAGAUCCAGGAGCUGAAGUUCCAGUGCAUCGUGUUUCUGAACAUUCCCAGGUACUGUGCUGGCACCAUGCCAUGGGGAAACACAGGCGACCACAGAGACUUCGAACCCCAGCGCCAUGACGACGGCUGCAUCGAGGUCAUCGGUUUCACCGUGGCGUCACUGGCAGCGCUACAGGUCGGCGGUCACGGGGAGAGACUUCACCAGUGCAGAGAGGUUGUAUUAACUACCUUCAAGACCGUACCUGUGCAGUGUGUGUGUGUGUGUGUGUGUGUGUGUGUGUGUGUGCGCGGCCGUAGUAUUCAGAAGGUGUGUGCAGCUGAUCUGCGCCGCCUCUCUGCUCCCCCCGACUCCUUCUCUGUUCCUCAUGCAGUUCCAGACCGUCUGCGUCUGCGAGUGAAUCGGAUCGGCCUCCAGGAGUACGACCGGCUGCAGUACGACAAAGAGCGACUCAGAGAUAUCUCCAUCCCUGUCGGCAUCGUUGUGGUACGAGGAGACUGUGACCUGGAGACAUGCAGACUCUACAUCGACAGACUACAAGAGGAUUUACACCAGGCGCCAUCUACUGGCCACAGAGUGCACUACCAGGACGAGAGCAGAGGUGUCCCCAGGACCAGUUCAUCCAGUAGAUUGUCUCCCAACUGGAGCUUCUUGGAUUCUUUGUUUACUGCUGCCAGUUCUGGAGAUCUUUCUAUGCUGUCAGAGUGCGUCCGUCGAGGCAUCAGCCUGUUGGUCCGAGACUCCGGAGGCUGCUCGGCGUUACACAUAGCGGCUCAGAACGGACACUCGGAGCUGGUCAGCUUCAUCCUGCAGCAGGGCUCCAAAGUGCUGCUGGAUUUAGCCGACAGAGAAAAAGGGGACACUGCCCUGCACAAAGCAGCCUCUGAGAAGCAGCAUGCCGUGUGUCGAUUGCUGGUUGAGGCCGGGGCGUCGCUCGAGAAGACCAACUUCCUGGGGAAGACACCAGCGGACCAAGCUGAGGGAGACUCGGAGCUCGCCACUUACCUGAGCACCCAACAACACAAAUCUUGUUCCACCCAUGAAGACUUGGAGACAGCGGUCUGAGGCGCACACACACACACACACACACACACACACACACACACACACUCACGCACACACUCACUCUGCCUCCGUGGACUCUCAAACUCGGUGGAGAAGAACGCACGUGUGAGAGGAAAGUGUUUGAACAAACGAGCAGAGUCGGGUUCGGACUCCAGCGGCUCCACGGGCGAGGAGGCGGAUCAGCAGCGGAGAUUCUAAUCAACUAUUUAUUUGUAUUUAUUUAUUCAUAUUCUAUUUAUUGGUUGUGCUGAUCGAUUGUUGGACAUUGAACGGCUCAGACGCAGGCGCAGUGUGAGCGGCCGCGAGGCGGGGUCGUGAGUUCACUGGCGGAGAGGAGAGAUGAACCUGUGUGAACAGAUGUAAGGGAUUUCAGUCACAGUCUUCAGAAACCAGAGGUCGGACGUCGGUAAAGAAUUUAAAAACAAGAUAACGCGGAGUCUCCUGAUAGAAAUAGAAACGGUUUGUGUGUUUACCCCAUGAAACGUGUGCCAAAGACGUUGGACCGAUGUCGUGUCGUACAGAGUCCACGGUUCCACCGACGCUCUCAGAAUCCACCACGUCGUUCUGUGUGUUCGUUCAAAAACUUCAAAAGUCCCUCGCUCACAAUGUGAAACCAAAAGUCACCAGAUCAGACGGAACCACGGAGCAAACGCGUGAAGCUCGGUCCAGGCCCUCAGGUCCUCGGAGUCUGAGUGUCUCUCGUCACAUUAUGCAAAGAUCUCAAAGGUUUUUAAUCACGCGUCGUCUCGCUGAGCUUUGAUGUCGUCGCACGUUCAUUUCUUCAAAAACCGCCGUCAUCGAAUAAUUCACUAAACGCCGAAGAGGUCGAAAUGUUUUUACACCACAGGAACUUUCUCCAGGAAGUUCAGUUCUUAUGUUUUAAAGAGACUUUCCAUCACCUUCAGGGUGAACGUGGCUCGUUUCAUAUUUUAACACGUCUAACGUUUAAAAGUGAGAAGCAGCAGCCGCCGUUUAAACUGACUGUGAAAUCACUGCCUGGACCAGACGUGGACCAGACGUGGACCAGACGUGGACCAGACGUGGACCAGACGUGGACCAGAUGUGGACCAGAUGUGGACCAGACCAGGACUAAAACCCAGCACACGAUCGAGACACAGAUUAUUUGCAGGCGCAGUUGAGUUUGAAGAAUAAACCAGAUUAUCUUUUU